AUGUUAAUAGCUAUAGAUGAGACACAAAGGGAGAGAAACUCAAGGGCUCAUGAACUAGUUCAUCCAUUGAAGAACUUUUGUCAACUCAAGAAACCUAACGUGAAGACGGAGAUAGUGGUGGUUGAAACGGCGGAGGAAAAGGGAAAGACAAUAGUUGAGGAAUCAAAGAAACAAGGAGCAGGAGUUUUGGUUUUAGGACAGCGAAAGCGAACCUCGAAAUGGCGCGUGAUAUGGAAAUGGCGCGCAAAGGGAGGCAUGGGAGGAGGAGUGGUUGAGUAUUGUAUUCAUAACUCCGAUUGUAUGGCAAUUGCCGUAAGGAAGAAGAGUAACAAUGGAGGUUACUUGAUUACCACGAAACGUCACAAAGAUUUCUGGCUCUUGGCGUAA